CGGACACACCUGCCUCAAUCACUCCAUAAAUUCGUAAGUUGGUGCAUCCAGGCGGACGACAAACAGCCAUUCCACACACUCGACAAAGAGACGGCCAGACAGGCAGGCAGGCAGGCAGACAGGUGUGUAGGGCUCGUUUCGCAGCAACAGAUAUACCGGCUGGCAGGGCAGGCACCAGCCAGACCAAGGGUGAAUUGCACGACAAACACACACACAUAAAUCAAUGACAUCGACAAAGAGGCACAGCUACACACAAAGAAACCCACAACAACGAGGACACGUGCGACAGCUGUUAUCUCUGCGCACGUGCCUUUCUCUGGUGGGUGUUGAGAAGAACGGUGGGUGUGUUUACUCUACAGAGGCAGUCGUGGGAGUGCUGCCUGCGUGAUCCUCUCCUCUCCCCUCUCUCUGUCUAUUUCUUUCCCCGCUCUAUCUCUCGACGGGUCUGUCUGUCUGUCUGUCUCUCUGGUAAGUAUCAAUCAGUCCACGAAUGCAGUGAGGGAGCAAGGCAAGGCGGUAUCGUCUAUCUGUGUGUGCGGGGGGAGGCAGGCAGGUACAUGCAGCCAGACAGCCAGCAGUAAGGCAGCCACUCACAUACGAAUGUAUCUAUCGCGCCACCCAUCCAUCCAUCCAUAUCAUAUCUGUCACCUUCCCACCUCCCUCCCUCCCACCACACUCAGCCACUCACUGGGUCAUCCGCACACUCCUGACCGUUCUGGGAUUCCACUUGCUGAUGGUGGUGUUGGCCGCACUCACAUACCCCGCUGCCGCGCUGCACCGCCGCACCGUCUUGACCAUGUUGUACCCCUCACACACCAACGAGUGGCCGUCGCCACGGACGAAUGAAGUGCACGCCACUGCGGCGCCAUCCUCGGGCUUGUCGGAAGGGGCCUCCUUCUGGCCGGGUGUGAUGGCGUGGUCGUCCUCCUUCGGCUCGCGCGGGGCGGAGAUCAGCGAGGGAGCAGCGGCCAACGGCUCUGCAACGGCACCAGAGGCGUCGCACGGCUCGACGUCGACGACCUGCAGACAGAGACCAGCAAGAGCGAUACGGGCAGUGCAGUGCAAUCCAUUCACUUUGCUGUGUGAGAAGUGUGCAACACACCUGUGGUUUGCCGUCCUGAGGCCCGUCAACACCCGGUAGCACCACACCCCCCACCUCGUCAGAUACCUCACAGCCCACCGAGUAACCCUCCCCCGACCUCUCGGCCUCAACGAACACGAUGGCCACGGGUGACUCCCGUUUGGCAGGCGCCUCCUCUCGGCCGCCAUCUGCGGCGGCGUGUUGGUUUUGCUCGUACUCGAAUGGUGCGGGGAGGGGGGAAGGAACGGAAGCAGACACGCCAUCCGGCUCACCACAAGCAGCGGCAGCGGCGCGCGAACGGCCCUCGUCAACGACCUGACAGACCAAACAAUGAAGGCAACCGCACCCAUCCAUUCAUCCAUCCAUGCGAGUGUUGUGUUACCAUGUGAGAGGGUCGGCCUCACUCAUUCCCUCACCUGUGCAGAGCCGUCGUCAACCUCGUCAGCAAUGCCCUCCACCUCGCCCACCAUGACCACACCGUCGUCAACGGCAUCAUUGCCGACGAUCUCCAUGGGCGUCGACUCGCCGUUGUGUUGGGAGGGGGCGGGGAGGGGAGAGGGAGCACCAGCGGACACGUGGAGCGCCGCAGCAUCCGGCUGGUCAGCAUAAGCGGCCACGAUGGCACACGAACGGCCCUCGUCAGCACCACGAUACAACUGAAGACACACAGAGACACCCCAAGACCAACACAACACACACGUGCACCCACCCUAUGCUAAUCUCGGGUGUGGGUCGGCCUCACUCGUCCCCUCACCUGUGCAGAGCCGUCGUCAACCUCGUCAACAACAACACCCACUACGACAUCCACAUCCCUGAUCCCCACCCCAUCGCCACCAUCCCCACCAAACACACCCUCGCCAGCAGCCCCGCUAUCCUCCUGCACCAUCCCUUGGCGGCUCGUGUCGUACUGUGUCGUCAGGAGGGGGGCGGGGGAGGGGGACACACGCACUGCCGACGACUGACGGUGUGAGGCUGACUUGUCCACACCCACCGCUGCACGCCCCUCGUCGCCCACACGUGUGCCCUUCGUCACGUUGGCGCGGGUCGGCGGCUUGGGCGGCGGGGCCUUGCGGGCGACUGGACACUUGUUGCGACCUCCGGCGAGCUUGCGGUUCUUCUGGAGCAUCUCCCGAUAUCUCCUCAGCUCCUCCUCCUUGGCCCUCUCAUGUGCCCUCGCCUUGGCCGCCGCCCUCUCCCUCUGGCGCACAGCCGCUGCGGCCAUAUGCAGAUUGACGUCAGGUCGACCACUGGGCGGCUUGCUGGCGAUGCAUGCACCGCUACCGAGUCCUGCAGGCCGCUGAGGACGGCUCUGGUGGCCACUGCAGUGAGGCUGCGCCUUGCUGCUGGUGCCGGGGGGUCCUUUGGGGGGAUAGAUGCCGCAGCCCAUGUAGCUUGCACGCCCCGACAGUCCGUAGUCUGCCACGAGACCGUUCUUCCUCACCGCCGGCGGCGGCAU